CACACUUUCGCGAGCAACUCUGGCAAAACAUCGGCAGCCGAACAACAAAAAAAACAAUUGAAAAAAUGACCCGUCGAACAUUGUUUUAAGCGGAUUUGAGUUGCAUCGAAAGGAAGCAAGGACGCAGGAGCCGAGCAGCAGGAUCAGGAUCAGAGGAGCGGGAAAAUUGGGCGAAAAACAGCCGUAUUUCCCCCCGCAACCCACACGCACACACACUCCCGUAUACACCGCAGUAUUUUCACACACACUUGAGGAUUUUCCCCAUCAUCGCUUGAACACUGGGCAGGCAGGAUAUGACGGACAAGGAGUGCGAACAGUGCACCGUCUCGGUCUUUGACCAGACGCCCGGCUCGGAGCAGAAGAAGAUCGCCGUAGUGGUUCGCUCCCACGACACGGUGAAACGCGUUAUUGGUCUGAUCGGCACCCAGUUUUCCUACGAAAAGUUCGAGCUACUGUUGCAACCACACGACAACAAGGAUCUGGUCAACUUGAAUGCCCUGGAAUCCCAGCUAAUAUACGAAGUCGAUGGUUUUGAGCGUCAGCUGAGGAAUCACUUGAUCCUUUUGCCCUCCGGCAGCUGGGAUGGCGACGUGACCAAGCGCUUUGAGUUGCCCAUUAAAAAGGUCGUGGUCAAGAAGGUCGUAAAGUCCGACGAGGCAAAGGCUAAAAGCCCAGGCACUGGUGAGAAGAAGAAACGCGUUGUGAAGAAGAAGCCAGCAUCGAGAUCCUCCUCGCCAAGCAAAACCAAAACCACGGUCGAGGACUCCUUGGCCAGCACCAAAAUCAGCGCUAGUUCGGAGUCAAGCCCAGAGAAGACCUCCAAGAUCAAAGCAACUUCAGAAAAGAGCCCCAAACCAGUUUCUGAAGAGGCACCAAAUGCCAGCCCUAAAGAAAGCACCGAAGUGCCUGCAGAGGCAAGCUCCAAGAUCUCUUCGCCGGCGAGUCCCAUUGCUAAGAAGGCGGCAAAGGUUACUACGGAAACCAGUCCCGAGCUACCGAGUCCCAUCAAGCCUUCGUCGCCCAUCAAAGAGCUGGACUGCGAACCAUUGGACGCGCUACGAAAGCAACAGCUCUCCGAGCAGCUGCAGCUGUUUCCACAAGCUAGAAACCUCAUCUCGCCGGUGGACGAUGCUCCCUCGGACCUGUUCAUCUCGGAUAUCGAGCCGCUGUCUGAUGACGACUUAGCACUGGGUGCAUCUGCUAGUCCAACUAUGCUGGGACCGGGCUAUGAUUUCGGAGCCCCAUCUGCGGAUUUGGAAACCGAGGGUGUGACUAGCGAGGUGGACCCAUCCGGAUCUAUAGGACCAGACAACGGUAUGGAUCCCUCUGUAUCAAACUUCUAUCGCCGAAAGUACGGUGGUGAUGAGUUGCCAGCAUGGCAGAGAGUCAACACGACGGCUUCGGACUUUGUGGCCUCGGCCACCACGGAAACGGAGACGGAGACACGGCAGACGAACGGAGGACCCAAGGGCUACGUGGGAUUGGUCAACCAGGCCAUGACCUGCUACUUGAACAGCUUGCUGCAGGCGCUAUUUAUGACGCCCGAGUUCAGGAACGCUCUGUAUCGCUGGGAGUUCGACAACGACAACGAGGCCAAGAACAUACCUUAUCAACUGCAGAAGCUGUUCCUCAACUUGCAAACCUCUCCUAAGCCGGCGGUGGAGACCACGGACCUGACCCGCAGCUUUGGUUGGGACUCGACGGAGGCAUGGCAGCAGCACGACAUCCAAGAACUGUGCCGCGUCAUGUUCGACGCUCUGGAACACAAGUUUAAGAACACCAAGCAGGCAAACCUCAUUUCCAACCUGUACGAGGGCAAAAUGAACGAUUACGUGAAGUGCUUGGAGUGCAAUACGGAGAAGACCCGUGAGGAUACCUUCCUGGACAUCCCACUACCGGUGCGCCCUUUUGGCAGCAGCUCCGCCUACGGCAGCAUUGAGGAGGCUCUGCGCGCCUUCGUCCAGCCGGAGACCCUCGACGGCAACAACCAAUAUCUCUGCGAGAAGUGCAAGAAGAAGUGCGACGCUCACAAGGGACUGCACUUCAAGUCCUUUCCCUACAUCCUCACUUUGCACCUGAAGCGCUUUGACUUCGACUAUCAGACCAUGCACCGCAUCAAGUUAAACGACAGAGUUACCUUUCCGCAGACCCUCAACUUGAACACGUUCAUCAACCGGAGCGGCAACAGUGGCGAGCAGAAUCCCCAAAUGAACGGCACCGUGGACGACUGCAGCACGGCGGACAGCGGCUCGGCGAUGGAGGAUGACAACCUGAGCAGCGGCGUGGUGACCACAGCGAGCUCCAGUCAGCAUGAAAACGAUCUGAACGACGAGGACGAGGGAAUCGACAUGAGCAGCAGUACCAGCAAGAGCGCCAAGCAGGGAUCUGGACCGUACCUGUACGAACUGUUUGCCAUCAUGAUUCACUCGGGCAGUGCUUCCGGUGGCCACUACUACGCCUACAUUAAGGACUUCGACAACAACGAGUGGUUCUGCUUCAACGAUCAGAAUGUGUCCUCUAUCACCCAAGAGGACAUUCAGCGUUCGUUUGGCGGACCCAAUGGCAGCUAUUACUCCAGUGCCUACACCUCCAGCACCAACGCCUACAUGUUGAUGUACCGGCAGGUCGACGCUAAGCGGAACGAGCUGGUCGCUAAGGUGGCCGAUUUUCCGGAGCACAUCAAAACGCUGCUGCCCAAACUGCACUCGGAGGAGGAGACUCGCGUGACCCGUUUGGGCAGGCACAUCACAGUCACAGACUUGGCCCUUCCGGAUUUGUACAAGCCUCGCGUUUACUUCUACAAUCCCUCGCUGAAGAAGAUGAAGUUUACGAGGGUGUACGUGUCGCAGAGCUUCGAUGUCAACCUAGUGCUGAUGUCCGCCUACGAUAUGCUGAACGUGGAGCAGUUUGCUCCGAUUUCACGCUGUCGCUUGGUAGCCUACAACUCCACGAUGGACACGAUUAUUCAGUCUCUGGAGAGCUGCACAGAUCCGGCUCUGACCGAGCUGCGUGCCUCGCAGAACUACAGUCUGGACUUCCUGCUGGAGUACCGGGCCGAGGACCAGCAGUUCGAGCCGUACCCUCCCGACGGCAUCACCUGGUAUGUGUUUAAGGUAGAUCAAUCGAGCAUGGCGAUGGACGGUCCCUUCCUGGUUUACUCAGCAGCGCGGGAACGAGAGGCCAGCGACGUCCUAAGGCACUCCAUUGCCGUCCGUUUGCACAUUAACGAGCAGCAGUUCCUUCUCGCCACGGUGCGCGGCACGGUGCCGAAGGCUUUCGUGGCUUACGAUCCCCAUCCGUCGCCCGAGGCGCUGCAGCACCUUCAGAACCUAGCAAACACCCAGUUCAAAUCCAUAACAUAUUUCUACUUAAACGUACCCAAUACGGAUGCCGCCAGCCUGGAGAUGCUGGGUGUGCCCAGUGUCGAGUCAGUUGAGUGUGCCAGCGGUGGCGACGUGGUAGAUGCUGCCAUGAUGAACGGCGUUUCGUCUGGCCACGAGCCCUCCAGCAAUGAUAGCGAUUGGAGGCGUUAUAAGCGGGAUCUGCUGGAGCCGCUGGUCCAACCAAGUCCCAGUCACGGUCACGAGUCCAAUUCUGAGGACAGCAGCUUAAGCGACGGCGAUCGCACUCUGGUGGAGACGGAGAACCUGGCCCAUCGCGGCGGAGGUGACAGCCAAGUGAGCUCCACCAGUCAUUCGCCACAACUUUCUAGCCCCGAAGAUGAAGCAGCGUCACACGAUGCUAUGAUGCGAGUGCAUGCCUACUGCAAUGGUAACGGCAGCUAUGCGGCGGCUGAUGUGGUUGAUCCCCUGCUCCUGCCCAGCAGCACCAACCACUUCUUCCAUGCCACAAAGGUCGAGUGCGUGGAUGUUGUGGGUACCAGUUCCAACUCGGGUCACCAGUCCGACGAGGAGGCCCAGCUGCGAAGACCGACUCGCGCCUACAAACUACUGGUGGGCACCCACAUGCCCAUGGUCGCCUUCAAACGCCACAUCGAACAUCUAAUCCAAGUGCCCAGUGCCUAUUUUAAGCUGCAACGAAAGCACGAUAACCUGUCCAGCACUUCGAACAAUUCGCUACUUCUUCUUACCGAAGGCGAAACACUCACGGUGGAAUUAGGCAAGAAUCUGGAGUCUGACGAGUUCAAGGCUAAGAUUUACUUUUUGCGGCUUGCCGACGUGGACAACGAAACCUCUAAGCUGCCCUGCGUUUGCGAGUGGGUCUACAAUGCCAACACAACGGCGGAGCAGGCCAAGAAAGAUCUGGUGGCGAAGCUGCAUCGCAUGGACGCCAAGUACGCCACUCUCACUGUGGAGAAUUGCCGUAUUUGGCUAAAGGGCGGGCGUAUUCCCAUCAAGAUUCUGGCCAACGAUGAGACGCUCUAUUGCGACAUGCGUUCUACCAUUGCAGCUGAGUUCAUAGUACAGGAAUGCGAAGAGGGAGUGAAUCCUCAGCCCAAGGAGGACUCGCUCACCAUUUUUGUAAGGCGCUGGUGUCCGGCUAAAAUGGAGUUCGGCAAGUUCCAGGAAAUCACGUUAGACCAGGGCAGCGAAAUAAGACGCUCAUUAUCACAGAUCAGCAACAUCACAAUAGACAAACUCAGCUAUAUGAAGGUGAACAGCAACUUCCCCUGCACAAGCAUAUCAGCGUUAAGCGUCAACGAGUCCAGCAGUUGGUACGCGGUGCCGGCCAGCCUGGACAAAUAUCCGCUUAACACUACACAGACAGGAAACAUCUACUUGUACAAAGAUAAAACAGUACCUGCGCGUGAACUGUCAUUGGAUGAGCGACGCCAGAUGAACGCCAGGGAAAAGGCCCGUCUGGAUCGAGUGGGUUGUGUGUCUACCACGCGCUACUCGCAACGAAGGGAACGCGCCCUGAAGAUCUACUUGGACUCGCCGGAGAAGUCGAGCAACGUGACAGCCUCGGCACCAAUGGACGUGCAUGUUGAUAAUUAAUUUGUCCGAGAGUAAGACACAGUCCUCGACCCAAACAAAAAAAAAACAAGGAAACCAAACUAUGUAUGUACCCCUAAGCGAGGACAGACCAUUAAAUCCCAGAUCCUGUUAUAGUCAACGGCCACAUAUCCUUGUCGUCUGCAUGUGCUGGUCGUGUUUUUUAUAUACUGUACCCGCAGCAAUUGCGUAUUUUGUUGUUGUUUAUUUUUUCACGCAAGAGGAGAAAGUCGGAGGGUUGGGCAGAUCGGACUGGACUUGUUUGGAUUGGAGCGUAGCUGGGGGUCGGGUCGAGGGCUGGGUUGGCUGGCACAGCACACUAAGCGACGUUAACCGUAACGAAGUUAUUCUUGCAACUUUCGUAAUACAAGAGUUCAAAGAUGAGACUGUAAAAUUUAAACUAAACAUGCAAGAAAUCUAAAAUACAAACUGUAUAAUGUGAAUGUGAACAUCAAAACUAAAUUAAAAUGAUAAAAUAAACACAACUCUCAAGUGCA